AUGCCCGCCCCGCUCAACUCGCCGCCGCGGGGGCAAAGAUCAUCCUCCAACGGCGGUCUCCUCCAUAGCAUCAUCGACACCAUCCCCACCCCCAUCACCUCCCUGUUCACCUCUCCUAAAGUAGGCACAGUCCUGCUAGAAGGCGACGAGAGCCCAUUCGGCGAGGGCAAAGGCCUUGAUGGCGGACUGGUUCCCAAGAGGGUGGAGCUGCGUGUUGGAGGCAUGACUUGCGGUGCAUGCGUCGCCUCUAUAGAAUCAUCACUGAAACAGCCCGGCAUAUGCACGGUCCAAAUAUCACUGCUCGCCGAGCGCGGAGUCGUCGAAUACGACCCCAGCUUCAUCCGGGACAACGGCCAGACAUGGACAGAUGACCUGAUAGCAGAGGAAGUGGAAGACAUUGGAUUCGAAGCCACAGUCGUCGAGAAGAGCGAAGUGGAAGAAGUGGAACUGCGGGUCUAUGGCUUGGAGAACCCCAGCGUCGUCACCAACCUGCUGGAACGGACAGGCUCAAUAGCGGGUGUCCAUUCAGCCAUCUGCCCGCCCCCCUACACGCACUUGGCCCUGUCACAUUCCCCGCUCCUCGCCUCUCUCCGGGUCAUCGUCGACACUUUAUCAGCCGCCUUUCCAGCCCUCAACUUUCUCCCAGUCUCUAGCAAUAACGACUCGCAGAUAGCGUCCUUGCAAAAACACAAAGAAGCAGCCCUCUGGCGGCGGACAUUCUUUACGUCGCUCUUCUUUGCGGUGCCCGUGUUUGUGAUCGGGAUGCUGGCAAUGUAUCUGCCGACGUGGUUGAUGGGAUGGACAAUGUGGAAGAUUGUGACGGGCGUGUAUUUGGGCGAUCUGGUUUGCUUGGGUCUGACAAUACCGGUGCAAUGCUGGUUGGCGCGGAGAUUCUACACGAAUGCCUGGAAGAGUGUCAAGCACGGGUCUGCCACAAUGGAUGUUCUGGUCGUCCUCGGUACAUCCUCAGCCUUCUCCUACUCUGUCUGUGCCAUGUUCUUCGCCAUGUUCUCCGACGACGACGAGUAUCGCCCCCAGACGUUCUUUGACACCUCCACCAUGCUCAUCACAUUUGUGUCCCUCGGCCGAUUCAUGGAGAAUGUCGCCAAGGGCAAGACUUCCGCAGCCCUGACCGACCUUUUGUCCCUCACUCCGUCGUCUGCCACGAUCUACGUCGACCCCCCCACCGAAGGUGAACUGCCCAACUCUACAGACCCCACGAGAAAGAUCCCAACCGAGCUCGUCGAAGUUGGAGAUGUCGUUCUACUGGUCCCCGGAGAAAAGAUUCCAGCCGACGGCAAUGUCCUCACUGGCUCGACUUCUGUCGACGAGUCCAUGGUCACCGGCGAAGCCUUGCCCAUCACAAAGAAAGCCAACUCGCAGGUCAUCGGCGGUACCGUCAACGGCCUCGGCACCAUCACUUUCCGAGUCACCCGAGCGGGUGCCGACACGGCCCUUUCGCAGAUUGUCAAACUCGUCGAAGAUGCUCAAACUUCCAAAGCACCUAUCCAGGCAUUCGCCGAUAGGAUUGCGGGUAUCUUUGUGCCUAUCGUCAUAACCCUCAGUCUUCUCACCUUUGCGGGAUGGAUGGUCAUCUCUUUGUGCACGUCGUCCGACAAUCUGCCAGGGGCGUUUCACUCUCCUGGAGUCGGCAAAUUCGGUGUUUGCCUCAAACUCUGUAUCUCUGUUGUCGUCGUCGCUUGUCCCUGUGCUUUGGGUCUGAGUACGCCCACGGCGGUGAUGGUCGGGACUGGCGUUGGCGCCAAGAACGGUAUCCUCAUCAAGGGCGGCAAGGCUCUGGAAGCGUGCAAGGAUGUAAAGAGGGUGGUUUUGGACAAGACUGGUACAGUGACAGAAGGCAAGAUGGCGUUGACAGCGGUAGCUUGGGUUGGCAAGGAUGUCUUGGGCCAGUCUGCCCUUGACACUGCUGCUACCCUUUCCAUGACCACCGCUGCCUCUCCCCUUCAACGUCACACCGUCCUCUCUCUCCUCGCUCUCGCCGAGGCCAGGUCCGAGCAUCCGCUUGGUGUGGCUGUGGCUGCCGAUGGCCGGGAAGUGCUCUCCAAAGCUGGCUUGUCUCCACCCAACGGUGAAGUCGUCGAGUUGGAGAGUCACACGGGUCAGGGCCUCGAAGCGUUGGUGAAACUUUCUGGUGGCGCGGUUCAAGAACGCAUCAGGGUUGGCAAGGCCGGCUUUGUGCUCGACUCGGACUCCAAGUCUUCCGAGGCUUUCACCGAAAAUCAACCUACAAUGCCCGAGGAGAUUCUCGAGUUUGAGCAAGAACAGAUGAACCUCGCCCGGACCGUCAUCUUUGUCUCUAUCGUUCGGCCUACCGGCUCUGUUCCUGUGCUCGCCCUUGCUCUGUCCGACUCUCCCAAAGCGACUUCCGCCCAGGCAAUCCGUGCCUUCAAAGCUAUGGGAAUCAAGGUCACCAUGCUUACCGGUGACGCUACUGCUACUGCCCAAGCCAUUGCUAGGCAAGUCGGGAUCGAUGAGGAUGAAGUCUACUCUGGCGUGAGUCCGCAGGGCAAGGCCAGGAUUGUAAAGGAUCUCGGUGAAAUGGGUGGAGGUGUGGCAAUGGUUGGAGAUGGUAUCAACGACUCUCCCGCCCUCGUCGCUGCUUCUCUCGGUAUUGCUCUUGCUUCGGGUACCUCCGUAGCCAUGGAAGCGGCCGACGUGGUCCUUAUGCGAUCGGACCUUCUCGACGUUGUCGCAGCCAUAGACUUGGGGCAACAGAUUUUCAAAAAGAUCAAGGCCAACCUCGUGUGGGCGUGUUGCUACAAUGUCUUGAUGAUCCCGCUGGCGAUGGGGGUUUUGCUACCUUGGGGAAUCCAUCUGCAUCCCAUGAUGGCGGCGGCGGCCAUGGCCAGUAGUAGUGUGUCGGUGGUCAUGUCGAGUCUUACUCUGAGGUGGUGGACACGACCCAUCUCCUCCAUUUCGCCCAAAGACUCUUAUCAGGGUGCCCAAAGCGGAUAUACCAGUCUCAUUCUUGACGCUAAAGACGCCGUCCUCAACGCGGUCGAUGGUAUCGUCCAAUUCGCCGGCAACAAGCUCCCCAUCCUUCAGCGCUUCACAGGUGGCAGAAGGGGAAGUGCAAUGUCCACUGCAGAGUACGAGGCCAUCCCUCUGGAUAGGGCGCAUACUCCAGGGUCUUACGAGGUAUGA